AAUGGGGAACGCGUUUCCACCGAAAGGAACAGCAGUCAGUCUCAGGCAGCUUCAGCUUCAGGUUCGGUUCGGGACUGGAAAUGGGUCGGCAGGGGCAGAGAUGGCCAGUGUGGAUCUUAUUACUGGGAUUGUCAGUGUCUGUCAGCGGGAUAACACGACAGGAACUUUUUCCGUUCGGGAGAAACGCAGGCGACCAGUCUCUUGAUGAAGGCAACGAUGAGACUCAGGAGAUCAGGCUGGAGAAACCCGUAACGUUUCACGACGGACAGUUCAACCAGAUUUACAUCAACACCAAUGGGUUUGUUGCUCUGGAGAAGCCAGCAGGAGAAUCCGAGUAUCUGGGCAACAUGCCGGCUGGUUUUGGGAUGAUCGCUGCUCUGCAAGGCGACCUGGACACCAGCGACAGUGUAGGAAAGGUGUUCUUCCGCCAGGACUUCAGUCCGGCUCUUCUACAGCAGGCGGCCGAUCACAUCAACAGAGCCUUCCCUGAGGAUGACGUGGUGAACCCCAUCAGCGCUGUGGUGGUCACAUGGGUGGAUGUGGCGUCCCAUCGGGCUGAGAGCAGAGGAGACGGACUGGAGCACACCGGAAGACGGAAUACGUUUCAGCUGGUCAUCGCUUCUCUGGAGACGAUGUCCUUUGCGAUUCUUCUCUACCCGAGAGAGGCGAUGCAGUUCCAGAGCACCGGCAGCAGCUACACGAUGCACGCCGGCUUCAGUAAAGGACAGAAGACUAACUUAUUCCUUUCUAAGAAGCAAGGACCGUACUAUCGCAUCACAGACGACACCGAGGCGUCUGUCAAGAAAUUAGCUGAGCAGACUAACUCUGGAAAGCGUGGCGUGUGGGUGUAUGAAAUAGGGACGUUCCCUCACUUCACAGACGUCGCUCCUGGAGAAGUGGCGGAUUUUCCUUUGGAUUCCCAGCAGCACAGGAGCACAGGAAGCCACAGCCAUCAACACCCGGUGUAUCCUGACCUGGAUGGAGUUUACCAUCGUCCAGAACACCCUCCACCCAUCCAGGUGCACACGGUUCAGUUCAGGCCUGAGCGACCGACGGUCGUGGAAAUCGAAAAUGAAGACAACAUCGAGGUUGAGGUAUUUACAUACAACUCUGGUGAAUGUGGUGGACAGAAAUGCUCCAAAUUUGGCGAAUGUAGGAAUUAUCCGAGCGGACGAUGCUGCCAGUGUGAACCUGGAUACUACGGCAAUGGAGUUCAGUGUGUAUCUGACGGUGUUCCUCAGAGGAUGAACGGUAAAGUGAGCGGCAGGGUGUUCGUGGGAAACUCGCCGGUGCCCGUGGACUUCGCCAGUAACGAUCUCCACUCGUAUGUGGUGGUGAAUGACGGCAGAGCAUAUGUGGCCAUCAGCGCCAUUCCCCCGAUCGUCGGCUUCUCUCUGCAGCCACUGUCGUCUGUCGGAGGAAUCAUAGGCUGGACGUUUGCACUUCAGCAGCCGAGCUUCAAGAACGGCUUCAGCAUCAUCGGCGGAGAGUUCAAACGUCAGGCUGAUGUGACCUUCCAGCCGGGCGGGGAACGGUUGACCAUCUCUCAGGAGUUCAAAGGCAUUGAUGAGCACGACCACCUGAUGGUUGACACCAGACUUGAAGGAAAAAUUCCUGAGGUUCCUCGGGGAGCCGCAGUUCAGAUCGACCCCUACACAGAGAUCUACCAGUACAGCACCAACUUGAUCACCGCUUCAUCCACACGGGAGUAUGUGAUCAAUCUACAGGACGGUUCGACCCAAAGCCGAAGCUACAAAUUCAAAGAGACCAUCACUUUUCGGGGCUGCCAGCACGAUGAAGCUGUCAGAGCUGUGCCGUCCACACAGAUGCUCAGCGUCGACCAAGUGUUCGUCAUGUACGAUAUGGGCGAACAGCUCUUGCGUUACGCCAUGACUAACAAGAUUGGAGACGUCAACGGUGGACAAACGGAAGAAAACGCCUGCUUCACUGGCAGACACGGCUGCGACACUAAUGCCGUCUGCAAACCCGGACAAGGAAACCAGUUCACAUGCGAAUGUGCCGCGGGCUUUACUGGAGAUGGACGCGCUUGCUCUGACAUCGAUGAGUGCAGGGAAACCCCUCAGAUCUGCGGGCCGAACGCCGUCUGCAAUAAUCACCCGGGAACGUUUCGCUGCGAGUGUCGGGACGGAUUCCAGUUCGCCAGCGACGGACAGACGUGUGUUGAGGUGCAGCGUCCCGUGGACCCGUGUCGCAUCGGCACUCAUGACUGUGACGUCCCUGAACGCGCUCGCUGCAGCUACACCGGAGGAUCGUCCUACAUCUGCACCUGCCUGCCGGACGUUCUCAGACGCGUCUUCUUCUACUUCUUGCUUUACGUUUCAGACAUAGACGAGUGUCAGGUGAAUCAGUGUCAUGAAAAUGCCGUCUGCUUCAACACACCUGGAUCUUUCACCUGUCAGUGUAACCCUGAUUUCUAUGGCGAUGGUUUCCACUGCUCUACAGAACGUGAGAAGACGCGCUGCCAGCUGCAUAGGGAGAGCGUUCUGGGCGCUGGGCCCCGCGGCCCCCGUCCUGUGCCCGGUCAGUUUGUGCCGACGUGUGACGCCCAGGGCGAGUACGACCCCAUGCAGUGUCAUGCCAGCAUUGGACAGUGCUGGUGCGUGGACCGCGAUGGGCUGGAGAUCUCUGGGACACGAACAGGACCCGGACGCUUUCCUGAGUGUCCUGGUCAUGAUGUGCCCGGCCCCAUUAGACCGACACCCGAUCCUAACGUCAGUCCUUUGCCUCCUGGUAGUCAAAUCCUCUUCGCCCAGAGCGGGAAGAUUGAGUAUAUUCCUCUGGAAGGUCACAACCUGAAGAAGAACGAAGCCAAGACUGCACUGCACCUCCCGGAGAAAGUGGUGAUUGGAAUUGCUUUUGACUGUGUGGAGAAGAUGGUGUAUUGGACAGACAUCAGCACACCUGCCAUUAGCAAAGCUAGUCUACAAGGAGGAGAACCCGUCCACAUCAUUAAAUCAGAUCUCAGCAGUCCUGAAGGCAUCGCUAUCGACCAUUUGGGCAGAAACAUGUUCUGGACAGACUCCAUGAAGGACAGAAUUGAAGUUUCCUCAUUAGACGGAUCCCAGCGCCGUGUCUUGAUUAACACAGACCUGGUUAACCCAAGAGCCAUCCUCACCGAUCCCACCAAUGGCUACAUCUACUGGGCUGACUGGAACAGGGACGCCCCCAAAAUUGAGAUGGCUUACAUGGACGGCACAAAUCGGAGAGUCCUGGCCAAGGAUGACUUGGGCCUCCCCAACGGUUUAACUUACGACCCUCAGACGUCUCUGCUGUGCUGGGCGGAUGCUGGUACACAUAAAGUGGAGUGCAUGAAUCCGCAGCAGGGCAGUCGGAGGCAGCUUAUGGAGGGAAUUCAGUAUCCCUUCGGACUGACUACUGAUGGAAAGAACCUCUACUAUACGGACUGGACGAGGGGUGCUGUAGUUGUGGUCGAUCGAUAUGCGAGGCGAGAGGUGGACGAGUUCCAGCCCCAGAAACGAACACGUCUGUACGGGAUCACCACAGCACACGCUCACUGCCCGUCUGGUCAGAACUACUGCUCGAGCAAUAAUGGCGGCUGUACUCACUUGUGUCUGGCGACAGCUGCUGGGCGCUCGUGCAGGUGUCCGGAUAACGCUGUGGGACUGGGCUGUGUGGAGCGAGAAGGCUGGAACUGAAGAUUCAAAGAGACGUGAGCAGACCUCCGGUGAUGAAGGACAUGGCAGUUCCAUCUGAAUGCUUCUGUUACACCACGUCUUGCCUGAAAGAUGCAAUAAAGCCACACUCAGUAUUAAAGAUUUUUAAAUGCAUCCGUGCCUUAAAUAUGAUCAUGGUGCUUUAAAGAUCAAUUAAAUGUUAAUGAGGUCAUGUGAAUAUAGUUUCAUGUCUUUUCCAACAAUUUUCAGCAAAACUAACAUUCUUACCCCAAUACUGAGAGUAUCCUUUUUAAAAGAUAAAGAAAUGAUACGAUUGUGAAAUAACAUGACAUAAAUCGAUGUUUACACAUACAUCUUUUCAAUAAAAUCAU